AUGAUUUAUAAUAAAAUAUAAGUAAUUCUUCGGUAGAAAUAAAAAUUCUUGUUAUUGCCCUAGACAAAGAGAAAGAAUGGAAAAGAAUUAUGUUAUAAUCAAAAUUAUUAGAAAUUGGCCAAAUAGAUUUAUCAGUAAAAUAAUACUAAAAAUAUUGCAGUUGCGAUCCUUCAAAAAACUAUUAAAAUAAGAAGACGAAAUUAAAGUAAAAAAAAAAAAUUAAAAACAAUCUUAUUUAAUUAAAAAAAUAAAACAAAAAACAAAUUAUAUCUGUGCUUGUCUUUACAAAAAUUAGCUAUCAUUAUUGAAUAGAUAUAAUUGUUUAAAAGAUUUGAAAUGAGUUAAUAAGUUUUACUUGAAGAAAGUGCCACCACCACCGCAGCCACCAACCUCUAAACUCCUUCAUCAUCACCAUAAAUGUAAUCCACUACUACUACUACCACAUCAUCAAGCCAAGCACCUAGCCUCUCUUCCCCCAUAGAGAUGGAUAAGUGCUAACUUUCUCAGCUCAUACAUCAGAAGGAUACUUUGACCCUUCAAGAGCUAGAAUCUCUUCGCAAGCAAAUCGAAUCUCAGUAGUAAAUCUAAAUGACAAUUAAAAAUAAUAACCCCUACAAAGUUCAUAUCUAGUGCAAGCAUUUUAAGUCUAAGAAGUGUACCUUCUAGAUAACUUUUAAGGCAAUAAAUGCCCCCACUUAAAUGAACUAGUAGCUUCCUAAUUCUAAUUCUUCUUCCUCUUCUUCCCAACCAAUAAUUAUUUCUACUGGCUCCCCCAAUUCUUCUUUAUAAACCCAUUAAAUCAACCCAUUAUUGUCUUCAUCUUCCAAAAGUUCUCCAUCAUCUCCUAAAAAGUAAGACAAUCAAAUGUCUUCAUAGGAGUAGAUGUCGAUGAAUUAAUAAGCCAACACCCAGCAAACUACUUCUUCAUCUUCUUCAUAAGAAGAAGGAGCAAAUGCUGCUGCCAAGUAGUAGAUGGGUGACUCAUGUGCUUCAGUCUCCCUCGCUCAAAAGGCAAGUUCGGCUGAAAUUAAUUUGAGUUCAUAGAUGUUAUUGUAAAAUUCUAAUCAAAUGAAAGAAGAAGAUGUUCACAAGAAUAUCAAAGAAGACAGGGUUGAAGAAUAAUAGGCACAAUAAGAGUAGUAAUAAAUGGAGGAUGAAAAUAACGAAAGUUUCCUCAAUAUGAUAGAUGAGUAGCAAAUGAGCUCUCAUCAUUACUCACUCAUGUCGCCUUCAAUCUCCCCUUUUGUCUUCAAUAUUAUUUCUUCUAAUCAUGACAUCAAUUAUCUUUCUCUAGAUGGUGUGUAAGGCGAUUCCGCUACUCAAUAGUAGUAGCAUUAAAAUUAGCCUACAUCCAACACCAUCUCUUAAAAAAAUCCUAUUGCUGGCUCAGAAGAUGCCACCAAAGCAAUAGAGGAGGAAAAUAUUAAAGUCGAAGAAGAAGAAGAAGACAACGAUAGCGGUGAAGAAGAUGAUGAUGAAAAUCAAUCAUCUUAAAAGGAGGGUUUAAAGAAUGAUUCUAUCUUGUUCAAAUUAAGCAAUUGUAGAUUGCAACACAGAAAUCACCCAGUUAUGAGUGAUGAGGAAUACAAGAUUCAUCUCGCCAAGAGAUGGCUUGAGGGCCACUCAGAAAAAAUUGAAAGAAUCUAUUAAGAGAUUCGCGAGAAGAAGGGGAUGUCUUUCAAAAUAACUCCUAAGAUUAUCAAAAAAUGCCUGCUAGAUUCAUAUGAUAUUGACAUCUAUGCCAAGUGUACUGAAAAAGCUCACAAAAAAUUCCUUAAAAAGAAAUUGGACAAUUUAAUGAAGGCCAUUCGUUAAAAGGAAAGAGCUCAAUAGAAAUCAUAAACCUCUACAGCAGCUUCAAGUGACAAAGCUAAUGCUUCUUCUACUUCACCCUCUGAAACAGCUAAGUCUAAACGCUCUUCUUCAUCUUCUUCCUAGUCAAAUCGCGUUAAAAACGCCUCCGUUUCCAAUGUUAUUUUUUCUAAUACUCCUUCCACAAAUGUCUAGUCCUCCUCAUAAGAAAUUAGCGAAGAAAGCAGCAACUAAACCUCUACCACAGUACCUAGCACCAGCGUGCAAUAGAUUUAAAUUGAAGCCCCCACCUCUGAAAUUAAGAUUGAAGAGGAAAUCAAUUCCAGCUCAGUACAAGCUUAAUAAUAAUAGUAGCAGUAGUAGAUGUAGGUUCAGUAACCUAAGGUAUACAAAGAAGAAUGGGAGAGCUUCCUUGAAUUUGACGUUUCUUAUCGUCUUCAACCUGCCCACUGA